AUGGAAGAGCCUUCUAAAGGAAAGGAAAAACAAGAGAAGGAAAGAGAAGAAGUUCGAUACCGGGGAGUUCGAAGGCGGCCGUGGGGGAAGUUCGCGGCGGAGAUCCGGGACCCAAGUACCCAGAGUGGACGGGUGUGGCUUGGUACAUUUGAUACGGCGGAGGAGGCUGCUCGGGCUUAUGACCGAGCUGCAUUUAGGCUGAGGGGUCCUCUUGCAGUCUUAAAUUUCCCUAGUGAAUAUCCUCAUGCACCAAUAAUGUCAUCUUCAUCAGCAUCAUCUUCUUCUAGUGUUGGUGCUUCAUCGACUGGUCAAGAAAAACAAGUCCUCGAGCUCGAAUAUUUGGAUGACAGUGUGUUGGAGGAGCUUCUUGAGUCGGAAGAAGAGAAGAAGAAACGAAUGGAAGAUUGAAUUUCAACAUGCAUUUCCCCCCUCUCUCUCUCUUUAAUUUCAACAUGCAUUUUCCAUCUCUCUCUCUCUCUCUCUCAUUUCAACAUGCAUUUUCCCUACCGCUCAAAAAAAAAAAAAAAAAAAAAAUAUUUCAUUCAUUUUUUUUUUGGUAAGUUAAAAAAAAAAAAAAAAAAAAAAAAUGCAUUUUUCCUAUCUCUUGAAUUUCAAAAUUCAUGCCCCUCUCCCUUUCUCUCUUGAAUUUCAGCAUGCAUUUUUCCUCUCUCUCUCCUUCUCUCUCUCUCUGGAAUUUCAACAUUCAUUUCCUCUCUCUCCCUCUCUCUAGAAUUUCAACAUUCAUUUUCCCAGUUGAACUCUCUCUCUCUCUCUCUCUCUCUCUCUCUCUCUCUCGUUCUAGUUGUGAAUUUCCAUAUUUGAUUGGUUGUUUGGGGUUUAGCUGGGGAAGUUGGCUUAUUGAUGUAAGGUUCAAUAUUCAAACAUUUAUGAUCGAUGAAGCAAUAAUAAUUGUUGGGAUGAUUUCUCCUCUCAGACUUUCAAUUUUGAUAGCUUUUAUAAUGCGGUAGUAACAUGGAAAAAAACAGAAAAAAAAAAAAAAAAAGUGAUUAACAUAAUUCACGAAAUAGCUGAGUUGGCAUGGAAUUUCUAAGAAUGAUCUAUGAGUCGAGUUUAAAACUUAUAGAACGUUGUGGAUAUGGUUUAUGCCACGUCAUCAAAAGUUAAAAUCAAGUUGACACCACAUUAGUGCCGGGUCCGGACAAGAAGACAAAAUGGCCAACA